CUAUGGACACCAAAUUGGAUUCGCGCCAAGGACAAUUUCCGGCUUCCUUUCCGGACACUUUUAAGGAUUUCUUUGCAAUGAUGAGUGAGGACGAAGACCAUCUUGAUUUGUUUUCGAAUUUGCUGGAAGAUAAGGUGAUACCGCAUCACAACAACAGCAGCCGCAAUACAGCCAGCAACACCAGCAGAUUCAUGCAACGCCGUCAUGGCGGUAGUCUUCGUUGCCCUACACACCCGCACAGCGCUAGCGGAGAAGGCGCUAGUCACUCGGUCGGUCGUUCCAGUUCGUUUCGCGUGCACCGGCCGCGCAAUCCAGCCGCCACGUACGGUAGUGUUGGCGGCAGUUGUGGCAGUGGAGCAAUGAGUAGUGGCAGCGGCGCUAGUGCUGGAGGCAGCAUUUGCAGCAGCAGCAGCAUUGCCACACUGAAUAGUAUUGGUCACGGUGGCAGCGGCUCUGGUGGCGUUCAUAGUAUCGGCAGUGGACACAGUACUGGCAGCGGCAGUAGCGGUGGUGGUGGUGGAGGUAGCGCCGGUGGCAGUGGCAGUGGCAAUGGCAAUCUCUUUUGCAAACACAUCAAGUAUUGUUGCCUGCAUCAACAACAUUCACAACUGCCAACAAUACCAGGCGCAACAACAUCUGCGCAACAUCAGCACACGCACACGCAACCACACCAACAGCAACCAACGCUGCCGGCGCAACCGAAUUCACCGCAUAAGCAACGUUUGCAACAACAACAACAACAACAAUCAGCAAAAAUGCAACCACUUUGUGCAGUAACUGUGCCAGCGGUGGCGGCAGCGGGUGGUAUGGCGGGCCACUAUCUACAACAUGCGCAUCAAUAUCAGCAGCCCACGACGGGUGGUGGUGGACCAUACGAUGUGCGCUUGGGGCCCGAUGGCGAGGACAAUAGUGGUGGUGAUGGCAUCAAAGAUCGUCAACAGCAUUUGUAUGGGAGUGGUGGUGGUGGUGGUGGACAACAUAUGCCACAACAGCACUCUCACCACCAUCAUCAGCAACAGCAGCAGCAACGGGCGGCAGCGUUGCAAAAAAGGCAUUCAGUGAUAUUGGAACGCGCAUUCGACUUUGAUGCAAGCUGUGAGGAAAGCGACACGAUAAGCACCACUUCCUCCACACCAACACCCGCUGAAUUGCCUUUGCCCCCACCACCGCCACAACCACAAAAACCUCCAAUCACUAGCACAACAACCGUACUGAAACCCAUUCUAAAGAAACCCUCAACAGCAGCUACACAGUAUCAGCAAAUGCACACGCAACAACCGCAACUACAACUACAUCAACAACAACAACAAAUGCAACUAAACACAUUAAAGUGCACAGGGCAAUCUACAGCAGCAGCAACAGCAACAGCAGCAAACGCACAACCGAAUCCCUGUUGCAAGGAGCAAAUGCUGCCACAUCGCACUCUGCCACAACCACCCAAAGGCCUGGGCUUUGGCGCAUACCACACCAAAGAGGCGGUGCUGCAGCGUGUACAACAACAAAGUGGCCUACUUUCCGGCAGUCGCACAAAUCUGAACACGCUAAGUGGCAUGUUAGGAUCAGCGAUAAAUCUCGCCGGCAUCGGAGGCGGUCUAUGUGCGAGCGCGAGCACCAGCUUUGGUAAUAACUCGACAGUCGGUGGUGCGGCAGUUGAAAUGCUGGGCGGAGGCGUUGUGGGCGAUGGCGUUAGUAACAAUAUAGGCGGCGGCGGCGGCGGCGGCGAGCUACACUACAGCAACAGUAAUUACAAUUUUGAUACAGCGGCAACAGCAGCAGCAGCAGCAACAACGGCAACAGCACAAUCAGGGAUUACUGAAACAGUCGACGUGGGCACGGAGCAUAAAAUUACGCUUUCGGGCACUCCCGCGUGUUGUGCUGCCGCCGGAAUUUGUACGGCCAACACAGCUGCUGGCAGCGCUAACGCCAACGACAGCACUACUAUGUUAUACAUAGACCUACAUUCGCCUACCGCGACCCUGCCACGCCCUAAAACAUCAACAUCAGUAAAUAAAUUUAGUGAUCUAUUAAAUGCUGCAAGCGCAAAUUUUGUCAACGCUGUAACUGCGCCAGCUAUUAGCGCGUGCAGCAACAACAUCAACAGCAAUAACGGCAAUGCAGUCACUGGUGUCACAUUGUGUGCGGCGGCCGGUCGCAGCAAUGCCAGCACCAAACGCGUACAAAAAUCUCCACUGCUCACUCGUCGGCGUUCUUCAUCCAUCGUGACUAAUCUUCUAGCUUCCGAUAUCAGUUAUAAUCGUGGUGAGGGUACUACUCUCGCGGAUAUUACCAAUUUGCGUAAUUAUCAUGCAACAACAACUGGCGGCAGUACAACAACCUUAACUCAUAGUGGUACACGUGACCGCAUCACGUUGGCCAAAUCACCAGUAAGCGGCAAACCGACACGCCUACCCUCGCUACACUCCAUGGGCAUCGACAGCAGCGGAAGUUGCAGCGGCAGUGGCAGCGGUAGUGGCAGUGGCAGCAGUGGCGGUGUGCUCACCUUUCAACAGGCCAUGUCCGGUGCUGUCUCACCACAAUAUUCCUCUACCACGCCGCUGCUCUUCGGUGGUGGCGGCGCUGGCGGCAUUGGUGGCAGCAUAGCUACAAAUAUGGAUCUACUCGGUGGCUCAUCGUCGGCACUCGCCUCUGUGCUGGAGGAUACGGCAACAAGUGCUGGUGAAAUGGUCAAUGACACAUUGCAAGCAGGUGACUCGCCCACCAUGAACCAUCAUCACAACAGCAGCAAUAACAACAACAACAACAACGGCGGCUUAAAUGACAGCCACUAUGAGCUAAAUGUAAUCGAAGGUGGCAUUGGAGGCGUUGGCGCGGGCGUGAACAUGAACGUGGUCACUAGCGGUGUACAUCGCGUUGGCUCCAGUAUAUUGCACAGCAGUUCAGCGACCAUUGCACAGCUGCAGGGCAGUCGACAGCGACAACGGAUGCGCACCUCCAGUAUGCCAGCAGAAAGUAGAAAGCCACGUCUCGCCGAUACGCGACGUGCAGCAAUACAUUGUGCCGACCUCGAUUUGGAAUAUUAUCGCCUGCGGAGCUUUAGCAUCACGUCACAUGGUGUAUGCAAUUUGGGUGAUUCCCUGCGCCGCCGAUCACGUUCAAUCAACUCGGUUACAUCGACGGGCACAUCGAACAGCGGCAAAGACCGGAACAACAGCAAUGCAUCGCAUAUAUCCGGAGACAAUAUUUUCGAAUCUACAGAGAAGCAGGAUGCGAAUAAAGCGCCGAUACCCGCCUAUAAAAUUGCCAUGCUUGGCGCUUCUGGUGUUGGUAAAACGACAUUAACCUAUCAAUUCACAACAUCCGAUUAUAUUUGCGCCUACGAUUUGAGUCUGGACGAUGAUUAUGGCCAAAAAACAGUAUCAGUGCUCGUUGACGGCAUCGAGACAGACUUGGAAAUUAUCGAUCAUCCAGCCUGUGAAAUGUCGACGGAAUCCUUUUGUUCGACUUACAACAUCGAUUUAUUUGUUGUUGUUUACUCAGUGGUGGAUCGAAAUUCUUUUAAGGCGGCAGAAAAGGUUUUGCAAUAUUUGAAAGAACACGAAAUGCUGUUGACACGUGGCGCUAUUUUGGUGGGAAAUAAAACGGAUUUGGAGCGACAUCGCGAGGUGAAUCGGCAAACUGGUCGCAAAUUGGCCAAAGAUAUUUGCUGCAAAUUCAUUGAAACCUCUUCCGGCCUCGAUCACAACGUCAACGAGCUGCUUGUUGGCAUUGUCGCGCAAGCUAAACUGAAUCCACAGCGUAUACGCAACCUCAGCGAACGAGAUCGUCAACGUCUCAGCCUACAGAGUGCAAUACAAAAACAUCGUCAUAUGCAUAUAGCGCCACGCCGCAUGGUACGGCAAGUGUCCAUACAUCAUGCUGACGAUGGUGAUGAUGACGAUGAUGAUGAUGAUGACGAUGAUGAUGGCGACAACGCAACCGAUAAUGCAAACAAUGCGGUCAGCAGCAGAGUUGGUGUUGGUGAGACGAUCGAUGAAAAUCAUCAACCCAACAACACCAUCACCGACGAAGGCGUCGGCACCGGCAGCGAACGCACCAUCAGCACAAGUCUCUCCUCAACCGGAUUGGGCAUUAAACCUACAACCACGAAAAAUUAUGUGCAACGUAGCAAUAAGCGUACGCUCAAUUUGGAAAGCAUCCUGAAGAUGGGCGAAAGUGAGUUGGAAGAUGAAGAAGAGGCUCAACGACAGCCGGCGCUACACAAACAACAACAGCAGCAGCAAGCGCGGCCGAUGAGUACAUUUGAUAUGCUAAAGUCGGGCGGUAAAAACAGUUUGAAUGCAUCGCCGAAGAGUCGUCGAUUUUAUGGUAGCGGUGGUGUCAGUGGUGCUAUUGGCGCAUUUACUGGCGGUAGACGCUGUGUCAGCGAUGGUGCGAGUGGUGACAAUUACACAGAGAGUAAUGAUCAAUUGCUGGACGAAAGUAAUCGCAAGACAGUUUCAAAGUUAACGAAUCGCACAAAAAUUUUUCUCUCAUCGGUGUUGAAGUUCAAGAAAGCGGUAAAUAUGCGACGACGCAAUUCGUCUAGUUGCAGUGAUCUAUUCGUUAUAUAAGAGUAAAGGAAGCAAAAGGGUGAAGGGUAAAAUUAAUUUCAAUACAAAUGUAGAGCGUAUGUAUUUAGACUAAGGUAAUGAUUAUUGGAAUUGUAAAAUCUUCCCUGAGUCAAGUGUGUGUUGCAUACUUCGCGGCAACUUUACAUCAUCUUUAUGUUCAAAUUUUUGUUAAAGAUUUUAAUCUCUCACAGCUAUUUUAAAUAUCUGAAUUUUUAAACGAUCAAUU